UGUCGUUUGUCGUGUGCCCUGUGCCCUGUGUCGUGUCGUGUUCCCUGUGCCCUGUGUCCUGUGUCCUUUGCCCUCUGUCCUGUGUCGUGUGUCGUGUGCGCUCCUCCUCAGCAGUCAGCGGCAGUCGUGAGUGGGUUGUCCUGGAACCGGCGCCGUCUUCAACAAGUUUCGUUUACAUAUAUUUAUUUUUUUUAUUGUUCUUUUCAGGCAUGUGGAGUUACUAUUAGUAGUGAAGUGUUCCUGUUAGUUUUGGUGUGUUCUACACAAUGUCAGAUCUUCUAAAUGUACUUCGGCAGUACAAUAUGAACAAAGGAGAUAUCAUAGAAAGUAACAACCUCAUCGUUUUUGGGGAUCUUUCGUGGGACAAGAAUGUGAAGACCAACUACCUUAUGUGGGGGUCUGGUAAAAAUGGGGCACCAAAGGAGUAUUAUACAUUGGAGUCUUUGCUAUUUCUACUCGAACAUGUUACACUACCACAUUCUACGUAUGUUCGACAAGCUGUUGCUGAAAAUAUUCCAGUAGUGCGCAGACCUGACCGCAAAGACCUUCUUGCCUACUUAAACGGUGAAACUACCACCUCUGAAAAUAUUGAUAAAAGUGCACCUGUAGACUUUCCAACACAAGUACAAUUUGUAAUAGACGAAUCGACAGAGAGCGUGGCAAAGAAACCCAAACUAGAUGUUAUGGGAGUGCAAACAGAGACCAAAGUCGAUACAGUGGAAACAUACCAAGGAAUGUCAGUAACUGCAGUAACAGGAGGAGAUCAACCCAACACGAUAGCAGUCCCUGAGAUACGUUACCCUCAGCCCGUUCUAGCAGCAGUGGCUAGUCUCCUAUGGUCUUCAGGAUAUAAUAGGCGAAUCUCUCGUACUCCCAUGAUAGUUAUCCCUCAAGGGACAUCCUCACUCAUCACCAUGUACAAUGCCAAGGACCUCCUACAGGACCUCAAGUUUGUUUCUUCAAGAGAAAAGAAGAGACAAGGUGCCCCAUGCAAAAAUAAGAUUUUUCUACAAAGGCGAAAGGAUGGAGGAUUGAUGGUUCCAUACGAAGUGACUGACAAUCCUUACUUGCUGACAUCAAGCGACUGGAAUCGAGUAGUGGCUGUGUUCGCUAUGGGCCAUACUUGGGACGGGCCUCCUUUGACGGGGUUGCCGUGGAAUGACAAUCCUGAGAGACUAUUUUCUGAAAUAUGUGGGUUUCAUCUGAAGUUUGAAGAGAUGCAGCUAGACCCGAUAGUGGAAACCUGGGAUGUGACUCUUAUUCAGAUAUCACUUACUAAACGUCAUUUGGAUCGUGCUGCACUCAUGGUUUUCUGGGAAACACUAGAUAAGCACAUGAUGGAAAACAAACCUCACCUUCGAUUUUGAUAAUGCUCGUCGUGGACCUCUGCUAUACAUAUUUAUUUCUCUUUAACAGAUAUUCAGAUUAUUGUAAAUAAACUUUACUUAUAAAAAUGUA